UUUAAAUCUAUUAGGAGCAUUGGCGAUAUUUGACACAAUCCAGUUGGCUGUUGUUUGCUUCUCGCGCUGGGUCUAUCAAACCUUUAAGACCCAGUAUUCAUCUGUUAUGUGCAAAUGGAUGAAAUAUGUCGGCGCUAUCAGCUAUGGAUGUGCAGUAUACAUCAUUGUUGCCAUGGCUUUUAGCAGGUGUUUCGCAGUUACAUUGCCGAUGAAAGCAAAGCUUUACUUAUCUGUAUGUCGCACUAGAAAACUGAUUGUUGGCAUUUUCAUCUUCAUGAUGGUGUUCAACGUUCCUUUCAAACUAUACAGUAACAAAAAGAUAGGCAUGAAGAUUUGUGAAACCUUAACAUCGGCCGAUUUAUUCGCAAAUGUGUACCCGUGGGUAUCAUUGACAUUGAUUACAAUUCUGCCAUUUGUUAUUUUGAUUGUCAUGAACUUAACGAUAAUCUACACUUUUUCUAAAUCGAGGAGGCGAGGGACGCUUAAUACCACUGUAGGCGACAGGUUACGGCGUUCUAUGUCUCACCGAAACAAACACUUAACACGCAUGUUUCUUGCUGGAUCCAUUGCGUUCAUUGUGCUGACUUCGCCGUUUUACAUCCGUGAAGCAAUCUACAAAGUCUUCUACUCGGAGAAUACUGCCUGGGGUGAGGCACGCAGAUUGCUGUUGAAUCGUAUAACAUUAAUGCUUUGGUUUACGAACUGUGCCGCCAAUGUUUUCAUUUACGGUAUAUCUGGUACGAAGUUCCGCAAAGAUUUGGGAUUACUGUUUUCAAGAGUGACUAGGAGAUCGACAAGUCAACCUCAGUCUCACCAGCUACAAGUAUCAUCUAACCAGAGACCUGUAU